GAUUUACGUCGCGUUGCGUGUCGCGUCGCGGUUCGAUUUUAGUUGUAAAACUAAAUGUAUUUGUCCGUGUGGAGUACACGACACUUUUCCACGCGUUGUCCGGCAGGCGAUUGUCAAUGGAGCGCGAACAAUUCAAUUAGGAAGGCCAGAACCCCGUGAUUUUUUUUCGGACAAGUACAGUCAGUUUUACAACUAAAAUCGAGCCGCGACGCGACACGCAACGCGCCGUAAAUCUCCUCAAGAUAUGGCCGAGCCGAAAUGGCCUAGUUCGGCAAACUCUUCCAUUUUUAUUUAUGAGGGAAGCCAAAAAUCCGUGACAAAUCGCGAAAAAAAAACUGAAAAAUCAAUGAAAAAAAUUGCUGAAACUAGAAAUGGGAAUUACAGUACUAUUUAAAGGCGCAUGACUUUUCGCAUUUAACAAAAAAAAUUUCGUGCCAAGACCGGGUUUACCGUAGUCUCAAAAUCGCACAAAAAAGUUUAUCGGCAUUGUGCUCCAACCUCGAUUUCAGCUCGCUCUCUGUGUACAUUGGAAUGUUUUUUUUCCUUAUCAGCAGCUGACACUAACGCCUCCGCACUCUACUGCUAAAAAUAGUGAGCCACGUGGUUUUGCUCCCUAUUUUGUCAGACUUGAUCCAGAGUCAUAUGUACACGUCUAAAUGUCUUAAUCAACGUGUGCUCGUACUUUUUAUCGAAGCCCCGGAAAGUCCAAAUGUUCUGCUGGUCACUAUAAAAGAACAGUGGCGAGAAAAACCAAAGUCAGUGGAAAAAAUGUUAUCACUAUUACCUUUUUAUCUAUUUUUACUAAUCCAAACUCUACGGGCGGCCCCUCUCGACAAUUGUGCUCGAGUGGAUUCUUGCUCGGCGUGCGUAAAUUCCACUGAUGGAUUUGGGAAUAGCUGUCAGUGGUGUAUUGCGGAGCACUCGUGUGCUUCCGAAAAAGCUGCGAAAUCUGCAAACUGCACUGUGGAUGACUGGACGUUAGACGACUACAAUUGCCCGACAGAUGUGUCGCAUGUUAAGUACGAUGAGAAUUUCAUGAGGAACAUCGUGGUGCCUCUAAUUGCAGCCACACAUUCUCCAAAUCGUAGUGAGCUAACCCGCUCCUUGGGAUCCUGCUCCCAGCUAAACAAUAAAUUGGAUAUAAUCAAUACUUAUACAACUCCUUGCGACAAAACAAAAUUUACCACCUGUUUUGCAUACAGUGCUUAUCUAAAAGACCGGAAUGCGAUGGUUAUAGUGUUCCGUGGAACAACAAGUCUCUCCCAAUUUAUUGACGAGGGAAUAUCGUUCUUUUUUCUUCCAAAGGUGCCCUUUAACGUGACAAAGGGGGUCGUUGAUCAGUACUAUCUACAUGCAUUCUAUGCAUUAUGGAAUCAAGGAAUGAGGGAGGACGUUCAAAAGUUUAUUCUUGAAAAGCGCCACGUGAAGCUCUGGUUUUUCGGACACUCACUUGGCGGUGGUCUCGCUUCGAUUGCUUCAUCCUACGUUGCGAAGACGUUCAAGCUGCAUCAGAGUCGGACGAAAUUAGUGACGUUUGGAAUGCCACGUAUCGGGGAUAUCGACCUGGCUGAGGCACACGAUGAGCUUGUUCCGGAUUCGUGGAGAAUUGAGCAUAGAAAGGAUCCGAUACCGUCACUUCCGCCAAGAACUUUCCCGAAAGAUCAGAAUAGAGGAUCGUUUCAUCAUACAACGGAGAUUUGGUACCCUGAUGGCAUGGCACGGGGAGCCCGGUUCGAAAUUGGUACUCGACCAGAUACGACUGUAGGCCGAAGUGUAUUUCCGUUCAAUUUCGACGAUCAUAAGACAUAUUUCAAUGUGGCCAUCGAUGACUGGUGGAAAAAUGGAUGUGUUGCAUAAUUUUUUACGGUAUAAUUAACUCUAUAGAUUAUAAUGUUAUUCUACGGGUGAAAGCAAAAAUAAAGCAAUUUACAUUUU